UCUGAGAAUAUGUUUUCCAACACUAGCAGUAAAGAAUCAGGGAUAUCUUUUUAUCUAAACCUUUACCAGAAUGCUGGGUAUGGAAGAUGGGUGGUCGGAUUGGUCCUCUAUAUUAUUAGUUUUCUAACAACUGUUGGAAACGGCCUUGUACUUCAUGCUAUACGCACAGAGAGGCGUCUACAGACGGUGUCAAAUAUGUUUAUCAUGAGUCUGGCGAUUGCAGAUCUUAUUGUAGGAACGGAGCAUAAAAACAUUAUUUCUGGCCUUAUUGUUAUUCCUAUCAGUGCAACGGCUUUCAUCUUAGGUCCAGAAUGGCAUUUCGGUCGAGCAGUGUGUCAAGUUUUCCUUUCCAUAGACUAUACAGCCUCAACAGCCUCUAUAUUCAACCUUUUUAUCCUCUCCUUAGACAGGUAUUGGAGCAUAACAUCACCACUUAGAUACCUUAGACAAAGAACAAAAAAGCGUGCAUUGAUCAUGAUAGGGUUGGCGUGGCUGGGUUCAGCAACUUGGUUUGUUCCUGUUCUGGGCUGGCAUCAUUUCCUCUACAGCGGAACUAGACAAACAGAGGAAAACGAAUGUGAAACUGAAUUUGUUGGUUCUGUUCCGUUUAAAGUUCUGUCCGCCAUCUUUAAUUUCCAUAUCCCUACAGUAUGCAUGGUGGUUCUAUAUGUCAGAAUAUUCCUGGCUAUUAAGCGAAGAUCGGUAGAUAUUGCUCAGAUUGCCAUGCAGGGUAAUUCACCAGGAGAGCAGAUUCCAGGGAUGAACGAUGAGGAUUCAUAUACUGAAGCUCAAGUAGAAGGACAAGGUUCAGGUGGGUUCAAAAUGGUUAAAAUGGUACCGUUGUGA